AUGCGCGACGAUUAUCACGGACGAUCCCCCGACCGAGGGCGGCAUCGAAACGACCCCGACAACAUGGGAGCCUCGCGAGGCAGAGGCAGAGACCGAGAGGGCCAAGACCGGCAGGACGACCAUUACCGAUCGCGUCAUGGUAAAGACAUGAUCCGCGCCUUGUCUCCUCCAAGGCACAACUUCUACGACGACCAACGGGAGAAGGCACCACAACGGCAUCACCCAGACCUGGGCGGCGAAAGGGAUUAUGAUUACCGCUACGAUGGCCCAGAUGAUGAGUAUAGAAGACGACACCGGAGCCCCCGUCAUCGAUCAAGACAUUUGGAUGAUCGGGGUCAUUCAUACGAGGACAUGUACGACGAUGGGAACCGUGAUGAAGGCAGGCAGCGGGGACGGUAUGACGAUGACGAGCCCAGAGACGGCGGCGAGUAUGCUCACCAUGAUGGUCGUAGAGGGAGAUCCCGUAGCCCUUACGGCAGACAUUACAGAAGUCGGUCCCGGAGCAGGCCGCGAGAAGCUGGGAAACCCACAGACACGGUAAUCCUCGAGGGACUGCCGUAUAGUAUAUCGUCUGCAGAGGUUCGCGAUAGCCUUCUUGCCAACUCGAUUGCGGCUGAAUUUCCGUCCAUUGACGUGAGACUUUCAUCUUCAAGAGGAAACCGACGAGCAUUUGUUCAGUUUGAAGACGUGGAUCAAGCCACUGCUUUCGUUGAAGAGCAUUUCCCAAAAAUCCGCAUUGAACUGCAGCAUCCGACUGAUGACGCACCAGACGGCAAGUUUGAAGCAUAUGUUCACUAUGCCCGCAAUCGCGAUGACGGUGACACCCGGCAGAUCCGAGCCGCCGACUGGAUUUGCCCACAAUGUGACUUUUUGAACUUUUCUACGAGAACAAGGUGCAAAAUAUGCGGCACUCAGCCAGCGGCGAACAACUGGGAACAAAGCCUCACAGGUGCGGCCGAUGUCGCUGACGGUGCUGAAGCCGUGUCGCAAAUAUUGGUGGUGUAUCCGUUGGCAUCAUUCGUGACAGAAGACAUGCUCGCGAAAGACCUCAAACUCCUCGAAAAGUCAGAAGAACCAAAAAGCUCGACCAACGGGCCAACCAAGUUAAAGUCAACCGCUCCAGGAGCCGAUGUCUCUCGCUACGGUGCGAAGCCGGGGUCAUUACACCGCGUGUUUCUCAUACGCGAGGUGACCUCGGGGGAGAGCUUUAAAUACGGCUUUGCCGAGUUCUGGACCCUUGAGGAUGCAGCCGCGGCAGUGACAAAGUUUCGCAUGUCUCGCUCGUUUACUGUUGCCGGCUGUGCUGUUACUGUUGCUCCGACACACAUGGGCGUAUUUCUACCCGAGGAGCGCGAAAUCGCGCCGAAUAUCGAACACAUGUCGUUUAAUCCGCUCUUCAACCCCUCCCUCCGAGUACGAUAUCGGGACAUGCACGUAUUUCCAAGCCAACUAGUAGUCACAUCCGAAGCACCCGCCGACGUCAACCUCAACGCCGCCAAAUCUACCGAGGAGGAACAGGGCGACAAGAAGCAGAAGAAGCGCAAAGCAGAAGGGGGCCUAGCCGCGUCCGCAGCCAAAAAGUCGGUCCCCAUGGCAGGCCAAAUGGCAGUAUGGCAGAGGAAACACGACGAGCUCCGCGGCGUCGAAGAAGGCGGCGACGCCUCCAACGGCCAACCCGACUCAACCACCAAAUCGACGCCGAUCAAGAUUUCACUGUCAAACUCUGCAAAACUCGGGGCUCCCUCGGCCCCCCCAACAUCCGCAAGACACCCAUCGCCGCGCGCGAAAUCGCCCACUGCCCAGGCAACCCCACCACCAAGCUCACCACAGCACGCACCGGAAAGCACCACCCCGAAAGAAGAGACGUACAUGGACAGAGAAAGACUCAUGUGCCUCAUCUGCAUGCGCAAGUACAAGUCCAUCGACGAAGUCAACAUUCACGAAAAGUCGCGGAACCACAGAUCCGCCAUGGAAGACAGCGAGAAAGUCAAGGCGGCCCUCCCGCGACUCGCGACGCGCGACAAACGCCAGAAACAGGAUGCCCAAGUAACCCAGUAUCGCGACAGGGCCAAGGAACGGCGCGACAUUUACAACCAGCCCAACAGGCCCUCUCAGGCCCCCAAGCCCAAGACUGAAUCGAAGAAACCACCCGAGGAACCGAAGCCCGCGGUCAAGGCUGCAUCCAAAGGAGCAGGAAUGCUUGCCAAGAUGGGCUGGACAACAGGUGUAGGCUUGGGGGCGAAUAACGACGGCCGCACAGAGGCGAUCGCUACGAAUGCGUACCAAGAAGGCGUAGGGUUGGGUGCCGAGGGGAGUAACUUGGGCGAUGCGGCAGAGUUGGCGGAACGCAAGACCAAGGGCUCUUACUCGGAUUAUUUGACUACGGUGCAGGAUAAGGCGAGGGAGCGGUAUAAUCAGAUGAACUGA